AUAUUAUUAUAAACUCGAUUUUAAUCUUCACCCACCCAGUCGUCUACGCUUUGAGCGUCUCUGUGUUAAAGCUCCGGAGGGUAACCAUGGUGAAUCCGAAGAUUGCACCGUCUAUGCUGUCAUCGGACUUUGCAAACUUGGCAUCGGAGGCGGAACGGAUGAUCCGCUGUGGCGCGGAUUGGCUGCACAUGGAUAUUAUGGUAAGCCACUUUGUGCCUAACCUCACAAUUGGUGCUCCAGUUAUUGAAUCUUUAAGAAAACACACUAAUGCUUAUUUAGAUUGCCACCUGAUGGUCACAAAUCCUCUGGAUUACGUUGAACCUUUAGGCAAGGCAGGCGCUUCUGGAUUUACUUUUCAUGUGGAAGUUGCUAAAGAUAAUUGGUCCAAGCUUGUGCGACAGAUUAAAUCAAGGGGCAUGACUCCUGGUGUUUCCUUGAAGCCUGGAACCCCAAUUGAAGAAGUGUUUCCUCUGGUUGAAGGUGAAAAUCCAGUGGAGCUUGUUCUUGUUAUGACUGUGGAACCUGGUUUCGGUGGGCAAAAGUUUAUGCCAGAAAUGAUGGACAAGGUGCGUGCUCUGAGGAAGAAAUACCCUUCACUCAAUAUAGAGGUAGACGGCGGUUUAGGGCCUUCAACCAUUGAUAUGGCAGCUUCAGCUGGGGCAAAUUGCAUUGUCGCCGGAAGUUCUGUAUUUGGAGCCCCAGAUCCUGGCCAUGUUAUAUCUCUAAUGCGGAAGAGUGUAGAAGAUGCUCAAAAAGUGAGUUGAUAUGGCCUAAGCUACACCCGAAGUUCCUGAGUCAUAUGGUAAUUCUGUGAGUCUACGUUGUUUGUGUUCAAUGCCCUAUCCAUUGACUAAAUUUAUUUGACGGAUUUUCCAAAAUGGUAUCUAUCUUGUGAGCCUAAAUAAAUUUAAUGUAAACUACUUCAAAAAUUCUUGGUGCCCAUUGUCAGAUCUCUCUUUUGUAGAUUUUGUUUAGAUGAAGCUGUCAUUCGCUGGCCAAACUUGCUUUGUAUUGGAAAAUUGAAUGUGAUGUAAAACAGAAAUAGGAAAGCUGAGUUCCAUAGAAUAAAAAUACAGGUGGUAUCGUUGCAAAAGUAAAA